AUAAUUAUUGAAGAAAGAAAAAAUCAAGAGUAAAAAUAUGAUAAAAUAACGCAAAAGGAAUGACCUUCUGCUUGACAAAGGAAGCCCAAUCAGUUAAAUGUCGCACUUCUGGUUUCAAGUUGUGGUGCAAUGUUUGUCACUGCAUCUAAUGAUGCAAUCGUUGAAAUACAUCUUGAAAUCCUCAAUAAAAAGCCCUUCCCACUGUAUAUACAUCAUUCUUAUCUUAUACUUCCUAGUAUUGUCCUUAGUAUCGACUGCUACCUUACGGGAUAAAAUAUCUAUGGAAGCCGAGCGACAACCAGUGGAUUUGGUGUUCGUAGUCGGGCCGACACACUCCAAGGCGAAGAAAGCUAUUUCACGCUUUAUGCGUCGACUAUUACAAUCAUCGAAUGGCUUCAAAGUGGCUUCAGUAUACUUUACGCCUAAACACGAUCCCAACCUCGGUAAUAACGUAUUUCUGAGUCGUAUUAUUGAUUUUAGCGAUACGGCAUAUCCUGACAAGAUAAGCGAGUUACCCCAAGUACAGGGGAAUCCCCUUCAACACAUCAACAAACUCAGUUUUCGCGAUAAUGCCAUCAAGAUUUGCUUCUUCAUGAGUGAUACACUACCCUUUCAUGAUUCAUAUUAUGAAGAUAAUGCAAGACAGGAAGACAAUGAAAAUGAUGUCCAAAGCACAGUGGAAGAAGUAUAUCAUGAGGACCCAUUGCUUACUUGCCAUCAUUUGGCUGCAAUGGGAGUUGCAUUGUAUUGCAUAGGAGAAAGGAAUCAUUGUGCGACAUUCUGUAGAGACAUGUAUACAGCAUUCACUUACAUCACAGGAGGACAACUUAUACUAUUGGACAAGAUAACAAGUUUACGAAAGACACUAUGGUACAUCAUCAUGGAAGAAAUUUCCUUGGAGAAACAAGUUGGUCAACUGGGAGAUUAUUUGUGUGUUGCUUGGCAUAGAUGGGGCAGAAUGAAAGCAAGAGUACCAGACAAUGUAGAAGUUUUGACAGACAACAUACUAAACCACUUUCACAAUACAAAUAUCAUGACGUAUGAAGUUUUGGUGGGUGGAAACACCCCAGAAAAGCCAAGUAAACUAGCAAAGGAAAUUGCUAAAGUGUCUAAUGUGAACAAAGCAAGAGGUUUGAGUACUAAUCAGGAAAAUUGGUCUACAGAGUUAAACUGGUUGCCAGAAGAGCACGAGGUUAUUCCAGGCUACAAAGAAGUUCCUCUUAUGAAAGAAAAUACAGACGUAUCAGUUUCCAAACUUAAAUUGGUGACAAGAAAUCAAGUAUCAAGAAUACUGAUGAGGGUUUUGACCAGGAGACCCAAUGCAAAACAGCUCUCACACAAUCCACCACAGACCACUCCUGGCAAUGAGAAGCAGGACACUAUUCAAAGCAAUAGCAGUGUUGUCCCUCCCUCUUGUGAUCUUACAAUGGACAAUAAUAAUAAUAAUAAUAAUAAUAAUAAAUUAUUAGAAGAAACUGUUCUCAAGACAAAGGAUUGCAAACCUAAUGAAACCAUUGUUAUCAAUUGCCAAAAAAUUGCAUUGUGUAGUGUAGCAUAAUGCAUGCCCAACUUUAUUUAUUUUUAUUUAAAAAUAACACAACAU